UAUCAGGUGAAACGAAACAGUGGGGAGCGGAGCCGAAAGUUUCUUAAAUUUAUAGUUUAAUUUGGAUAUUUCAUAAGAAAGAGUGCUGACUCAACCAAAUUCAAAGACGACACCACAGCAAUGACGGGAAUUAUUUCGAUAUUAACAAGGCAAUUGCAGCGAAAUGCGCAAAAUGUGGGUCUUAAGGCGGUGCGAAAUCACGAAUUGAAACUCAGUGCUCGUCAGUAUUCUCAGCUGGCUGCUGUAGCAGCGCAGCAGCAACAACAGCUGUUGCACCGGGGGAACAAUGGAACUCUGCUGUGCCUAGAAGUGCCACGCGCUCUGGGCUGGCAAAGUUUUCACACCAGCAACUGCCUUAGGUCAGAAAAGGUUGUAACAGUGCCGCCUUUUGCAGAUUCCAUCUCCGAGGGCGAUAUUAAAUUCACCUGCAAGGUUGGCGACUCCUUUGGUGCUGACGAUGCCGUCAUGGAGAUUGAAACGGACAAGACCACGGUAGCGGUGCCAGCGCCUUUUGCCGGCACAGUUACGGAAAUUCUUGUUAGUGACGGUGAUACGGUCAAGUCAGGACAGCAGCUGUUCAAAAUGAAGCCUGGUGCAGCGCCAGCCAAGGCUGCAGGUGCUCCAGCUGCAGCGCCCGCUCCAGCGGCACCUAAGCCGGCAGCGGCUGCACCCAAACCUGCGGCAGCUGCACCCCCACCACCGCCAGCCGCCGCUAAAGCUCCUCCACCACCACCACCACCAGCUGGUGCGCGUCCACCACCACCGGCACCACGUCCUGCUGCGCAACGUAUUGCACCAUCGCCGGCUGUGGCUCAGGUUAAGGUUCCUCCCGCAGACGGCACUCGUCAGAUAUUGGGCACACGUUCUGAGCAACGCGUCAAGAUGAACCGCAUGCGUCAAAAGAUUGCGGCUCGCUUGAAGGAUGCACAGAACACGUGCGCUAUGCUGACCACUUUCAACGAAAUCGACAUGAGCUACGCGAUGGCCUUCCGUAAGGAGCAUUUGGAUGCGUUCGUUAAGAAGUACGGCAUCAAGCUUGGCUUCAUGUCCAUUUUCUCGAAGGCUAGUGCCUAUGCGCUGCAGGAUCAGCCCGUGGUCAAUGCCGUCAUCGAUGGCCAGGACAUGGUCUACCGCGACUAUGUGGAUAUCUCAGUGGCUGUAGCUACACCUCGUGGCCUCGUUGUGCCUGUCAUACGCAAUGUGGAGGGCAUGAACUAUGCGGAUAUUGAGAUUGCAUUGGCCGGACUCGCUGACAAAGCCAAGCGUGAUGCAAUCACCGUAGAGGACAUGGAUGGUGGCACCUUUACCAUCAGCAAUGGCGGCGUUUUCGGCUCCCUGAUGGGCACACCCAUUAUAAAUCCACCACAAAGCGCCAUUCUGGGCAUGCACGGCAUCUUUGAACGCCCGAUUGCAGUCAAGGGCGAGGUGAAAAUACGCCCCAUGAUGUACGUUGCGUUGACAUACGAUCACCGAAUCAUUGAUGGCCGUGAGGCGGUCAUGUUCUUGCGCAAGGUGAAGGCUGCUGUAGAGAAUCCUUCUAUCAUUGUUGCCGGCCUGUAAGGCUAACAAUGUAGAUACAUCAUUUUUGCUGCGUCCACGUUGAUAUUAGUUUAAUUUGACCACUUCCCAGAAAAUUAAUGCAGAGCCAAAAUUUAUUGUGAAAACCAGUCAACUUAUUAUUUAAAUUACGCGCGUGUCACAGAAACCGUUUUAAAAUAUUAGUAUUUAAAUUAGUAAGACGAAACUUAA